UCAAACUACAUCAAUUACUACAAAGUAUGUUUAUGAGUAAGUGGAAUUAGUAUUUGACAAUCUGGAUUGCAGCACAGUCAGCCAUCAAGUUUGAGAAGAAAAAUUAUCGACCCGAUCGGAAGAAAAAAAACUAAAUUAUCUCCACUGCGGACUACUGCAGACCGCAGGGAAGGAUUCGCUCGGUAUGCGAACGGAGUGCGCGAGUGUGCAGCAGUUAUCGAUCGGAGAAACUCUAGUAGCGUGAUUUUAAACUGGCACAGCACCUAGUAUCGGAAGCAACACCUUGGCGUGUGGAGGUCGAUCGUAAAAAAAGCGUUUACACGCGUGCAAUUACAGACCCGUGUUGUGUGUGGUAUCCUUGAGAUCAACAAUGUCGUCGUUCAAUAUGAAUGAAUUCAACGAAAUUCUGGACAAGUGUCGUGAUAAAUCAUCUCAAAAAGAACAGGAUGAGACAUUGCUGCAACCGUUCUCAUACAUCCAGCAAAUUCCUGGCAAGCAGGUUCGCUCGAAACUAGCGCUAGCGAUAAACCAUUGGCUAUCCAUUCCCAACGACAAACUGGCCGCGAUAAGUGAGAUAGUCCAAAUGCUGCACAAUUCUAGUCUGCUCAUCGACGAUAUCGAAGACAAUUCUAUCCUCCGCAGAGGUAUCCCGGUGGCGCACAAAAUCUACGGCGUAGCGAGCACCAUUAAUGCGGCCAAUUAUGUCCUAUUUUUGGCCCUGGAAAAGGUGCAGCAGCUCGGUCAUCCGGACGCGACCCUCGUCUACACGGAGCAGUUGCUGGAGCUGCACCGGGGCCAGGGUAUGGAAAUCUACUGGCGCGACAAUUUCGCCUGUCCCACCGAGUCCGAAUACAAGCAGAUGACGAUUCGUAAGACGGGCGGACUGUUCAUGCUUGCAAUCCGGCUGAUGCAGCUGUUCAGUGACAAUCGAACAGAUUUCAACAAACUUACGGCAAUACUGGGCCUGUACUUCCAAAUACGGGACGACUAUUGCAACCUUAGCAUGAAGGAGUACUCAGAAAACAAAAGCUACUGUGAGGAUUUAACGGAGGGAAAAUUUAGCUUCCCGAUCAUUCACGCGGUACAGACGCAAAAGUACGAUAAGCAAGUUUUACAUAUUUUACGCCAACGAACGCGCGAUGUAGAGGUCAAGAGGUAUUGCAUUUCGUUGCUGGAAAAGUUGGGCAGUUUUCAGUAUACUCGUGACGUACUUGACGCACUCGACAAAGAGGCUCGCAAAGAGGUGAAAAGUCUUGGACCAAAUCCAAUUAUGGAGGCACUAUUAAACGAUUUGCUUAGUUGGAAACAACUCGCCGACAUAGGGGACGAUGAAACGAAACAAUCGUAAGCGUGCAGCGGUCGAACAGUUUUCCCAGAUUUUCGUAUCACUGGUAUGCGUUGCUCUCGUGGAAAGGGAUAAACAUAUUCGACUUAAGCAAAUGAAAACAGAGCCAGAUUCGAUAUUAGCGUACACUACGCUUACGGGUUGAGGAUUUGAGUGUGAGCGACAAUAAUUAGGAAUUCAGGUUAUUAUUUUUAUUUCCAUUUGGUGAUUAUUCGUCAACACGUUUGCUUAUCGUGCAAAUUUGGUGCAACUAAUGGUGUGCUGUGUCACUGCAACACUACUAUAAGCACUUGGCUGCAGUUUGGUUAUUGUAGCAUAUUGUAGGUUCUAAGAGUACAUUGCGCAUGUUUUUUCUGUAUGUUGGUGCAGCUCUUUCUUAAUUCAAGAACCUUCACUCUAUAGUAUAGUGCGAGCCAUGCCUUUAGCUUUAGGAAGAUCUUGCUCUAAAUCGAACCAUAGUUUGAUAUCGAAUGAAUACUGUUGCUUUCACUCGUUAGGAAAUGUAUUGCCAAUCAAUGUUUCUUUCCUCGCAAUGCAAUGAUCCAUGUUUCUUUCUAGACGUGCUGUACAUAUAAGUUUAUUUCGUUCCGUAGCGUUCCAAUCAGCUAUCGCUGCAAAGACUGUAAAGGGGCACCUGUGUACCAUAAACAGACGAUCGGUGACGGCACGGUCAGCACAUGGUUUAUACUAUUAGUUUAUUUUGAUUAUGGCUGGUUUUUGUUUUAUUUAAGAUCCAUACAAAGAUUUCGUUUGUGGGUGUGUGUGUGUGUGUUUUUGCACAACUGUAGAAGGGCCAGAGAGGAUAUACGAAGAAUAGAAGGCUUCUAUAGCAAGAAUUUAGUAAAGCUUCUGUGUGAUUACCUGCUACCUGCAAAUCGUUCAGCUGUUACGCUAUUACGCUCAAUGAUGCUAGCUACGUGUGUUCCAACGAAAUGUAUUUAAUUGAACGAAACAUUGCUGUCAACUGAACAACAAACGAAGAUUAGGUUAACAAAAAAGCGCUAAAUGGAUUGCACUCCCUUAGUUUGAGGCAUUUAAUAGCAGCUGUUUGCAAACGUUCGUAAAUUUAAAACAAGUCAUCCUAAAUAUCUGCACCGGUGUGUGCAAACAGUAAAGUCUUCCGGAAGAAACGUUAUUCUUCGUAUACAAUUGAAUAGAAUUAUGUUUUUUAGAAGCUCACGCGGUAAAAGAUGAAAACAAAACGAACAAAAAAUCACACAAAAAAAGCAUUACGCGGCAGAAUAGUGGAAUCUUUCCUUCUCUAGUACCUUCCAUUGGCUAGAAGGAAGAAAAAAUCCCCUACACAUGCUUGGCUUUUAAAAAAAACCUACAGCUCAAACUAUGAUCCUAUGAGCGAUGCUAGUCGCAUGCGUGUCCGUAACAACGAAGGUGAUUGACAAUAAGUACGCCCGUAUGUGCGUGCGUUUUGUGUGAAAGAAGAAAUUUAAACAUUAUAAAAUCUUUGCUAUACCUUUGCCUCUGCCAUGCCAUGCCCAGAAGCCCAAAGCUUAAUAACGAGGGCGGUCGUUUUCCAAUCCCGUGCUACGAGCAUAUCUCAUUAAUCUCUACCAUCGUACAAUUAAAAAUACAUAUUUAAAUAAUGCACUCAUUCUCCCAUAACUGGUACGCAGUUAAGCCUUUUUUGGUAUUUUAAUUCACAUAUUCAAUCUUUUCCUCUGUGUCGUCUUUUUCACUUCUUACUUCACUAUCAAACUUGUUAUUAUGUUAUAUUGCUGUAACGCUUAACUGUUUUUCCUUCAUUAUGUCGGUAAUAUUUGUCUACAAUUGCGGGAGAAUUCCGCAUCAACCUUGUCUCGAUGUAUUAGCGUAAACUGCUUGUCCCUUAAUGUUAGUGCUUCAUUUUACACCACCUUUACUCUAGCUGCAUUUUACGCCAUUCGCGUUACUAUCACUUUCAACCUGUCCGGAAGCGUUCAAUCGUGUUCUUCGAGCUGCUUUUGACUAGGGUUUAAUUUUGUAUGGUUUAAACCGAUUCACACACGGUCUCCAAUUAGUUUCAAAUUCACAAUUGACAGAAUUCCUAUCCUAUUCUAUAAAGUUUCGAAAGUUCCAGAAAAUGAUUCGCUUUUUUUAUUCGUUUUGAGGGAGAAUAGUGCAAGAAAAUAUUAAAAUUCUAGCUAAAUCAGACAAUUUACUGCCGUAACUUACUCACUACUAGUUCCGGAUCGGGUGUAGUGCGUUCAAAGCAUGCUCAGAAACUAGAAACAAAAACAAUCUCCAAAAAAGAUAGCCAGAAAUGUUUGAAUGUUUCUUUUCGUGGCUGAUAGAGCGUUGAUGUAGAACGAAACGAAUA